AUGGCGAGCGGUCGGCGCUGGGCGCUGCCGGCACUUCUUCUUCUGCUGGUGUCUUUGAAAGCCAUCGCUGGCACAUCGGUACAAACCUGUGCCGACGGCGUCAGUCAAUGCCCAGCUGGAGGAAGCUGCUGUGCGCUGGCCGAUGGUCAUUAUGGCUGCUGCGCGACAUCUUCAGGAGUAUGCUGCGCGGGCAGUGCGACCUGCUGUCCCUCAGGCUACACUUGCCACGCCACGGAUGGAUCAUGCUUGGCUAACAACGUGACGGCUCACCCAUAUCAGCCAUGGACCCCCCAGUGGAACCUGUGUGAGGGACCUUUGCCUGUUUAUCGCCUGCCCAAGGUGGUAGAUGACCUCAACUUUCUUUACUACAGUUCCCGAGGCCACAUUGAGACCCCACAAACUGAGACUGACCCCGAGAUGGCCGUGAUCGUCGUCCACGGAGCUUCCCGCAAUGCCGACGAGUACUUUUGCACCAUGCUCAAGGCAGCGCAACUGCAGACAUCCAUUGACCCCCAUCGGGUUCACGUCAUUGCUCCCUGGUUCACAGAGCCGCAAGAUGGCGUGGCCAGUGAUGUUGUUGUUUGGAAUGGCAGCGACCCGAAUGGUCCCUGGCGCGCCGGCCUGCAAAGCCUGCCCUCGCCGCAAAACCACACCAUCAGCUCCUAUGCCAUUCUGGAUCGACUCGUGGAUACCUUUGCCAACCGUACUCUGUUUCCAAGCCUCCGGCAGAUUGCUAUCCUGGGUCACUCAAGCGGCGGCCAAACGGUGCAACGUUACGCAUUUUCGCACGCAUUUGCCCAAAGCACCGUGCCCGUCCGAUUUGUUGUGGCCAACCCGUCCUCCUACGUCUACCUGGAUGGUCGGCGCUGGAACGCAAACGGCACCAAGCUAGCGACACCUUCUUCGGAUCAGCAGCAAGCCUGCCCAAGUUACAAUGCCUGGGAAUGGGGCCUGGGUUCGGACUUGCCUCCUUAUCUGGAGCGGGCUUCCGGCAUUGACUCGCUCAUCUCACGUUACCCACAACUGGACGUGGCCUAUCUGGCCGGGCAAAAUGACACGUGCAACGAGGACCGCGAGCCGGGCUGCACGUCCCACGGCCUAGAGAAGACAUGCGCUGAUAUGUUUGAGGGUUGGAUGCGCCUGAACCGCGCUCAGCAGUACUUUGCCUACCUGCGCGCCUACUUUGGCAAGGAGGUGCACAGCUUUCAUGCCAUUCCCAAUGCCGCUCACGACCACACCCUCAUCUUCGAGAGCCCGAUCGCAUUGUCUUUGGUCUUUGCCCUGCCUGAUGUACCAAGCACAACUUCCGGCCCAUCUGACAAGCAUCCUUCAAAUAGGAAUGGCAUGUACAUUGGGGUGGGUCUCGUGGGUUUGGUCGCCAUCUUUGCAGGUGUGGCCGUGUGGCGCUGGUCCCAUUCCCGCCGCCUUGGCAGGCGUGUUUCCAUAGAUGACGCUCGCGGCCCUUACACGCCUCUGAACGCGCCUCUUAACGAGGAUGACGACAUGUUUGGGCGUUAA